CACCCGCUCCUCUCUCUCUUCCGCCCACCACCAACGUCUCUCUGACUCCUUAUCUCCCCCCAAAUCUCUCGCCAAGCAAAUCCCGAUUCCUUCUCCCCAUCUCCAAACCGCCGCUUCAUCAAUUCGAUCCUGCGAUCCACGGGCGGCAGCCAUGGCGACGGUCACGCCGGGGGUGCUGCUCAAGCUCCUCCAGUCCAUGCACACCGACGAGCGCGUCGCGGGGGAGCACCGCUCCCCGGUGCUCCAGGUCACCGCCGUCGUCCCCGCCCUCACCGCCUCCACCUCCGACUCCCUCCUCCUCCCCCCCAACGGCUCCCUCCUCAACCUCUCCGACGGCCUCCACUCCACCUACGUCCAGCUGCCCCCCGCCGACGCCGACGCGCUCCUCGCCGCGCGCCCGCACCUCGUCGGGCACCUCGUCCAUCUCGACCGCCUCCGCUUCGCGCGCCCCGUCCCCCGCGCCGUCGGCCUCCGCACCGUGCCCUCCUCCCGCUCCCUCCCCUGCGUCGGCAACCCCGAGCCCCUCGUCGUGCGCCCCGCCACCUGCGCCCGCGGCUACGUCAUCCAACCCGCCACAUCCCCCUCCGACGCCGCGCCGCCGCUCAUGCCCUCGUCCGGUUCUUCUAACACCAGCGACAGCGCCAUCGAUGCCGUCAAAAGGACGGUGCUUGGGCCUAAGAACGCCGUCGCCGACCCCGCGCCGCCGCCGGCAGGCUCCGCCGUCAAGCGGCGGUUCUCGUCGCCGGCGCCGUCCAAGCAGCGAGAUCCGUCGCCCUCCGUCAAAGGCGCCGCCUCACGGGCGUCGUCUCCCUCGGUGAAGGGCGCCUCACGGGCCUCCUCGCCCGCGGUCAGGGGCGGCACGCCCAGGGCCACGUCGCCGGCGCCGUCCAAGUGCGUCGUGCCCAGCCUCGUCGCGGCCAAGGUGGAGAACCGCAGGGCGGCCAGGGAGCCGGCGAUUGUCGUCCCUUCAAGGUAUCGCCAACCUUCCCCGGUGGCAGGGAAAAGGGGAGCGGCGUCGCCGUCGGUUGGUGGCAGGAGGGCGUCCCUGUCCCCUAGCUCCCGGCGGCUGUCGGGUGAAGGGAUCGGCAAGAAGAAAGUCGGGGUCUUGGUUGCCGGGAUCUCCAAGAUGGCAGAUUUGGGGAAUGGAUCGGCCAUGAAGCCAGGGAGGAAGAGCUGGGACGAUCCGACGAUGGCUCUUGCUCCAGCCGCAGCAGGCUCCGUGUUGAAAUCCAAGGCCAAGGUGGAUAAGGAUACCAUCCUGAGGACCCAGGAAGCAAUAUCAAGGCGAUUAAGUGACUCUACAACAGAACAAUCCAGCAAUGAUGAUUCCUCCGUUGAUGAGAGACCGAAACCUCGCAAGAAGAUAGAAUCGACCUCAGUAAAGCCGAAAACCGCAUCUCCGAAAAUUACACUCCAUGAUCCUAAAUGGACUGAUGGUAGCAUCCCACUAGAUGCACUUUCUGAUAAACUCUCAAAGAUUGGAAAGAACGCUGUUGAACGGAGAGAUGCAGCAGCAAUUGCUGCAGCUAGUGCUCUGCAAGAGGCAUUGAUCACUGAAUCAGUUAUCAGGAAUCUAAGCAAGUUCUCUGAGAUUUGCUCGUGCUCAAAGACCUCCAACCCGCUCCCAACAGUAGAUGUUUUCCUUGCUGUCUAUGAAGAUGCUCUCAAGUGGAGGACCAUUGCUGAGUCUGCGGUGACCAAUAAAGCUGAAGAGUCAUUCCUGGAGAAAUCAACUCAUCAUUGGGUCGAUGCUGCAUUAGCCACUGAUCUAGAAGUUCUCAAGCUACUGAAUGGUGCCACAGACUCCAUCAGUCGGACCAAGAGUGCAGAUAGACCAAAAGCAUCUUCAUUGGAACCACCACGAACAAGCCUGUCCAGGAAGCAAUCUCUCGGAGCUUCCUCAAAGGUGCAGACCAAGAUCUCACCGAGCCCUCCAGUGAGCUGCACAUGGAGUAACACCGAGAGCAGCAUGCAUGAGACAGUUGAGCUUGCCAAGACCUUGUGGUGUGAGAUGCAUAUGUGGUUCCUGAAUUUUGUGGACGAGGCACUGGAUGUGGGCUUCCACUUGUUUGAAGAUCAGAACGUUGCGAGUAAAGGAAAGCACAGCAGCCACAUAACAGUGGUUCUGUCACAGUUCAAGAAGAUCAGUGAUUGGUUGGAUCGGGUCGGGAAGAUCGCCGAGGAGGAGAGAACCAAGGAGAAGAUCGAGUGCUUGAAGCGCAAGAUAUAUGGGUUUGUCAUCAGCCACAUGGGUUCUGCGUUCGAGAGCUCGGUGUCGGUUUCAUCAAAGAGCUGAUGUGUGGCUGGUUUCAAGCUAUGAAGCCUCUGCAGGCAGCAAGAGGUGGCAUUGGUUGUUGAAAUUAUGGUUUAAGGUUACGCAAUUCUGUAGCCUGUUGGUGCGGUUGUUUUGUUCUUUUUCCUAAUUUAUGAAUCGUUUUGUGCUGUGAACAAGUUAGCUGCUUAUGAUGUUGUCCGGCUACGGCUGACAAGUGUGUUUCUAUUAUUGGUUAUGAAGAGAAUGAGGCCAAGCCAUCAUCGUUUCAUGGUCCACUUGGCAUUUUGUUA